CGCUGCCGCCUCACGCCUCCGCCAUAGCCGGGAGCCACCGCCGCCUCCUCUCCCCCGGGCUCCGCCGGGCCCCGCUCCGCCGCUCCCCUCACGGACGCCGCAGCCCCGCAGCCAUCUUGGGGUCACAUGACGCCGCGGCCUCUCACCCCGCCGCUCCGAACCGAAGCCGCCGCCGCCGCCCCCUCGCCCUUCGGGGUUGUUCCUCUUUCACCUCCUCCCUCCCUCGGCGUUCUUUAACCCGGUCAGGACGCGGCGGAGGGAGGAAACAGCUACAGGGAGGCGGGAAGGAGAGGGAAGGCGGUGGCGCCGCGGGGCACCUCGGGAGUUGUAGUUCCCCGGCGCUUUACGGCAGAGGCUGAGGAAGAGCGCGGUGCGGGAGCGCGGGAAGGCGGGCAGGGGGAUCCAUCCCCGAGGCAAGGACACGCAGCAUGCCUUGGCCCCGCCGGACCUGUGUCCGUCUCCUGUCAUGAACUUUCAAGCGAGGGUUGUUGCUCUCUGUGGGGCCAGGAUGCUGCCCCAGCCCUGGCGCCUUUUCUCCCGGGCUGCAGAGGACGCAGCGCUGCAGAGGAUCCGGAAGGUCCUGUGCGUGGCUGAGAAGAACGAUGCUGCCCGAGGGAUCGCGGAUCUGCUCUCCAACAGCAGGAUGCGACGGCGAGAAGGGUUUUCCAAGUUCAACAAGAUCUAUGAAUACAACUACCAUAUAUUUGGCCAGGAAGUUACCAUGGUGAUGACAUCCGUGUCAGGACACUUGCUGGCUCAUGAUUUCAAGAUGCCAUUUCGGAAAUGGCACAGCUGCAACCCUCUAGCUCUUUUUGAUGCUGAAAUUGAGAAGUAUUGCCCUGAAAAUUACAUGGAUAUCAAGAGAACCCUUGAACGAGAAGUCCAGCAGUGCCAAGCUCUGGUGAUCUGGACUGACUGCGAUCGAGAAGGAGAGAACAUUGGCUUUGAGAUCAUUCACGUUUGCAAAGCUGUAAAGCCAAACCUCCAGGUUUUCCGAGCCCGUUUCUCAGAGAUCACUCUCCACGCUGUCAGAACAGCCUGUGAGAACCUCACCCAACCAGACCAAAAAACAAGUGAUGCUGUUGAUGUCAGGCAGGAGCUGGACCUCAGGAUAGGUGCUGCCUUCACAAGGUUCCAGACACUGAGGCUCCGGAAGAUCUUCCCUGAUAUUUUAGCAGAUCAGCUGAUCAGCUAUGGCAGCUGCCAGUUCCCCACACUGGGCUUUGUAGUUGAACGCUUUAAAGCCAUCCAGGCCUUUGUUCCUGAAACCUUCUAUAAAAUCAAAGUGACACAUGAUCACGAAGAUGGCAGCGUGGCCUUCAACUGGAAGAGGAACCGGCUCUUCAAUCACACAGCGUGCUUGGUCCUUUACCAGAUGUGUAUGGAGGAUCCAGUAGCGACUGUUGUUGAAGUUGGGAGCAAGCCAAAGAGCAAAUGGAGGCCCCUGCCCCUGGACACUGUGGAACUUGAGAAGUUGGCUUCCCGCAAACUGAAAAUAAAUGCAAAGGAAACCAUGAGAAUAGCAGAAAAACUCUAUACUCAAGGGUUCAUUAGCUACCCCCGAACGGAGACCAACAUUUUCCCCAAGGAGCUGAACCUCUCUGCCUUGGUACAACAGCAAACACAGGACCCAAACUGGGGAGCAUUUGCACAGAGGAUUUUGGAUCAGGGUGGGCCAACCCCUCGGAAUGGAACCAAAUCAGAUCAGGCUCACCCUCCCAUUCACCCCACAAAAUACACCUCCAACCUGCAGGGCAAUGAGCAGAGGCUCUACGAGUUCAUCGUGCGCCACUUUUUGGCUUGCUGCUCUCAAGAUGCCAAGGGACAGGAAACAACUGUGGAGAUUGACAUUGCUAACGAGCGAUUCAUUGCCCAAGGAUUAAUGAUCCUUGCCCGAAAUUACCUGGAAGUCUAUCCUUAUGAGAAGUGGAGUGAUAAGGUUAUCCCUCUGUAUCAGAAAGGGUCUCGCUUUCAGCCCACUACAGUGGAGAUGGUGGAUGGGGAAACCAGCCCCCCAUUGCUGCUCACAGAAGCGGAUCUCAUUGCUCUCAUGGAGAAACAUGGCAUUGGGACUGAUGCCACUCAUGCUGAGCACAUCGAGACCAUCAAGACUCGGAUGUACGUGGGCCUGACAGCGGAUCAGCGGUUCCUCCCAGGCCACCUGGGCAUGGGGCUGGUUGAAGGCUACGAUUCCAUGGGCUACGAGAUGUCCAAGCCUGACCUGCGAGCUGAGCUUGAGGCUGAUCUGAAACUCAUCUGUGAAGGGAAGAAGGACAAAUCUGUAGUUUUGCAGCAGCAGGUCCAAAAGUACAAGCAAGUCUUCAUUGAAGCCGUGGCCAGAGCUAAUAAGUUGGACCAAGCCCUGGCUCAGUAUUUUGGAGAAGCCACAGAAAUUGGAGAUCAAGAGGAGGUCUACCCAGCAAUGCCCCUUGCUGUUCGGAAGUGUCCACAGUGCAACAAUGACAUGGUCCUGAAGACCAGGAAGAACGGCGGGUUCUACCUCAGCUGCAUGGGCUACCCAGCUUGUAAAACUGCAGUCUGGUUUCCUGAUUUUGUGCUGGAUGUCACCAGGGAUGAAAGCAUCUGUGCUGUGUGUCAGCCCCAUCCCGUUCACAGACUGAAGUUUAAAUUCAAGAGAGGCAGUGUGCCACCUGUGAUGCCCCUGGAGUUUGUUGGCUGCAUUGGAGGCUGUGACGAGAUGCUCAAAGAGCUCUUGGACCUCAAGUCCUUGAACCGCCCAUCCCAACCCACACCAGCCAGCCAGCCAGCUCACCACUUGCAGGUCAGCAACUCCUUUAACAGAGCCAGUGGUGACAACAGGCACGCCAGAGGGACCACAAACCUGGUGCCAGGACAUCUGAGCUCCACCAGAACCUCCCGGCCUGCUCCUGCAGCCACUGCAGACCACGGGAACAACGCGGUGGUGUGCAACUGUGGGAAUGAAGCACUGCUGUUAACUGUCCGCAAGGAAGGGCCCAACCAGGGCAGACAGUUCUACAAAUGCAGCUCCAGUACCUGCAACUUUUUCCUCUGGGCUGACCAGCAGGCAGAGGACAGAAGGAACGUGGCUCCCCGGGGCUCAGCGCUGCCCCAGCCCUUGGCAGGAAGGGGCCCAACUGGAUUUCAGCGCCCAGGAGGAGGAGGGAGAGACCCAGAGCAUUUUAGAAGUAACAGCUCGGAUUCAGGAGGUGGCACAGUUUGCAACUGUGACCAGCCUGCUGUCACCCGCACUGUCCAGAAGGAGGGGCCCAACAAAGGGAGGCGGUUCCACACCUGCUCCAAACCCCGCGAGCAGCAGUGUGGCUUCUUCCAGUGGGCAGAUGAAAACCUGCAACCAGGGCCAUCUGGAGAUGUCUCUGUGAACCCCCCUGGCAGGGCUGGAUACUCAAGAGAGUUGGGAAGUAAAGCCAAGAGGGCAACCAGUCUCUCCUCAGGAACCACUGCCAAGAAACCACGGACCUGUAGCAUUUGCCACCAGCCUGGCCACACAAAGAAAAACUGCCCACAGAACCACUGAGCAUGGAGGGACAUCUCUCAAGAGCCUGAAGGGUCUGGGGUGGUGAGCAGCUACAGGAGCAACUUCUGAAAGAAACUGGAGUCCAGAAAUGAGUUCUUUGAGUGCUUACUGGAAGGGCUGGUUGCAGGCUGCUCCUGCCUGGGCAGCAAGGACUCAACCAGCUUCAAAAGGUGGCUCCACAACUGGUGUCAGCCUUUGUUUUCAGUUCUUUUCUGCCGAGCAGAUUGGGAUAGUCUAAACAUUUCAAAGCAGCAUUUGGAAACUGAAUCUGCAGAGAAAAUAGCACAGGAUCCAGUGUGUCUGCAGCUCCCACUGUGGUGGUGGUUUCUCCACAGCCUGGGGAAGAACUGGAUCGUAGCCAGAGGGACAGACACCAGGGCUGCUUCCCUCAGUCCCUGGCUUCCCACAGCAUGGAAUUUUAAGUUUCCCUUACCUGAGCAGCAUUCUCCUUUCUGUUUUGCCCCCCUCCCCUUGCCUUGGUGACCACUGCAGCUGAAGGAGGGCCAGGUGUGAAGCUGGAGCUGGUACUUGCCCUGGAAGGGAAGCUCAGUUGCAGUGCUCAGGAAAAGCCUUCAUCUUAGUUCCUGAAUUUGAAGCCAAGUUCUUCCUCAAGCCUUGACCUGUGCCUCUGUGAUGCUGCUAGCUAAUGGAAGUUCUUUGUGUCAAACUGUUAAUUUUCUUAUUAAAAGGUUAUUUAAUUUUUAAAUUUGAUACAGCAACACCCUAACUCUGCCUUGUUUCUUCGUACUUCCCAUAGUUAAGCUGUUACAGUAAAAGGACCCACCCAAAUCUUGCUCUUUCCACUCAGUCAC